AUGAAAAUUUUAAAGUAUAAUAUCAGAGUUGCCUACAAGUACGCAUCUUGCGUAUUUAGUAUGCAAUUGGACAUGAUAAUACGCAAGUAUGGUUUAUCAUCUGAAAAUUCGCCUUUCUCCAUCUAAAGCAAAAAACAAAAAAAAGGAGUUCUUGCACAUUAUCUGGUUUAAGUCUAAUUUCACUUGUAAUAAAAUUCCCAUUCUUUUGAAUGAAUUUUCUGUUGCCGCUAUUAUGGAAUGUGGAAUACACUAGAGGCAUUAUGAUCAUAAAAUCAUUUCCAAGUGACAAUAAAUGCAUCAUUCUAACAUAUUUUACAAAGACAAAAAGUGUAAAUAUUUUGACAAAUGUACAAAAUGUCUUACAUAACUUUAUGCUGUGGUAGCUUUAGCAUUGCUGCAUUUCGUGUAUAUUACGUGCUUGAAUGAGUAUAUUUCUUUAUAGUUAGGAAAAUACACAUUUGCCACUCAAAAUACACAUUUCCCUCUUGGCAUGUAUGCAUCUCUGAUAAUAUAGACACAGAUGUAAUAAAUCUAGAUUUAGUUUUCAAGACUUAAAAUCUGGUCUAGUGCUAAUAUAGAUCUAUUAGUUGCCUUCAGAAGGCUUAACUGAGAUCUGGUUACUUGUUAAGCUAAUAUUAAACUCUGCUAUUUUAUUGGUUUUCCUGGAUGAUUUUGGCAACCCAUUCCAUAAUGGCACUAGAUAAAAGAAAAGUGCACUUUACAUUCUCUGAUGGCGCAGAGCUGAUUGAAGAGUAUGAUGUAAAUACAGAUGAAUUAUUAUUGCGAAAGUGGAGAAAAAAAGGCACUUUAGGAAAUGUUGGCAAAUGGGAAAUUGAAGUUGGUGAGCAAUCUUCUUCAUUAAACUUUGAAAUAGAUGGUUUGGUAGAGAGUAAUGCUAAUCCUGUAUUCAUCCGUAAGGAUACAAAAUCACAUUUUCAAUGGAGAAUCAGAAAUCUUCCAUAUCCUUUGGAGAAUUAUAAAAUUGUGACAAAACCUCAAGAAGGACAAAUAGUAUUAUCCACAGUCAAUAAAAAGUAUUUCAAGAUGUUUGGGGUACCAGAUUUAACCAGAUAUGGGCUGCCUUUGCAACAAGAUGUCAUUGAAAUGGCUCAUGCAAAUAAUACUCUAAUUAUUUCUUAUAAAAAGCCAGCUGCUUAUGUGGAGUUUGAAAAACGAUUAUUACAAGAAAUAAAAAGACUGAAAGCCUCAAAAGAUGGGGAUGUUGACUGUGCUACAAGCUAGCUUUUUAAAAUGUGUAUGAUUUAAAUGACACCAUCUUUUUAUAACAAUAAUUUGCUCCAUUGUGCAACAAAUAUUUGUAUAAUUAUGCAUUACUUGUUCCAUUAAAAUAUUUAAUUUUAUUAUGAA